CCUGGAGGGAGCCUCUAGGGUGGAGUCUGCUCUAUCUUCAUCCUGUAGAGUUCUCCUGUCAGUAGCAGAACUUUGUUGAGAUCAGCAGAGGAGGGACAAUCGCGUUCUUCUCAAAGUUCCAUGCCGAGGCUGCUCUCCUGCUCCCAUUUUCAACCUUUCCACAAUGGAAGUAUCUACUGAGGCAAAAUUGGGGUGGAUGCUGCCGGCCCACCUGCCCAGUGGCAAUUGGCACUACCAGUUUCGGAUCCUCCUGCUGGGUGAUUCCACCGUGGGCAAAACGUCCCUGCUGCGGCGAUACACGGAGCGAUGCUUCAUCCCAACCCCGUGUCCCACCGUGGGUGUCGAGUUCUACAGCAAGAUGAUGGAGCUGCCUCCAGGAAUCAGGGUGAAGCUUCAGCUCUGGGACACUGCUGGUCAGGAGAGGUUCAGGUGCAUCACCAGGUCCUUCUACCGCAAUGCGGUUGGUGUGCUGCUGAUCUUUGAUAUGACCAAUCGAAGAUCCUUCGAGAGCAUCUUUGAUUGGUACAAUGAGGUGACCAACGUGAUGGACAAAGUAAUUUUCCUCCUAGUUGGCCACAAGUGCGAUCUUGAGUCCAUGAACAGGGUCACCCUGGAGGAAGCAGAGGGCUUGGCUACUUCUCUAGGCACAUCUUUUAUAGAAACAUCUGCCAAAACUGACACCAACAUAGACCUGGCUUUUGAGACCAUCACCAAUGCUAUCUACGAGGCUCUGAGAAACAAAGAGUUUGACCUACAGGAAGGCUGGGAUGGCGUGAAGAUUGUUUAUAAGAGGAGAGCAAGCAGUCUGCAAAGGAAGAAGCCAUCCAAAGCAGCAUGCCAGUGUUAACCCAGUUAGUCUGCAAAGGAAGAAGCCAUCCAAAGAAGCAUGCCAGGGUGAACUCAGUUAGAACUGGACGUUACAGGACACUGGUUACUCAAAAUAGAAUUCUUCCUUAGACGAAAUACAGACUUAAUCCAUUGGGUUAAUCCUUACCCAAAUGAGACCAUCCACAACCUGUGACCCCAAUUACUUUAUUACCUCCUCUGCAGUGGUGAAAUUCAAAUUUUUUUACUACUGGUUCUGUGGGCGUGGCUUGGGAAAGAUACUGUAAAAUCCCCAUUCCCUCCCCACUCCUGGGGGAAGGAUACUGCAAAAUCUCCAUUCCCACCCCAGUCUGGGGCCAGACAGAGGUAACAUUUGCCUGUUCUCCAAACUACUCAAAAUUUCCGUUACCGGUUCUCUGAACUACUCAACAUUUUCGCUACCGAUUCUCUGAACUACUCAGAAUUUCUGCUACCGGUUCUCCGAACUACUCAGAAUUUCUGCUACCGGUUCUCCGAACUACUCAAAGUUUCCGCUACCGGUUCUCUGAACUACUCAGAAUUUCUGCUACCGGUUCUCCAGAACCUGUCAGAACCUGCUGGAUUUCACCUCUGCUCCUCUGGAGCUCUUUCUGACCUCAUCAUCUCAGAUCUUGUUUCCUGUUAAAAAUCAGUGAUACAUUUUUUCUGUUGUUUUUAGAUACAAAAGAGAUGGGCAUUGUUGUUGUU